AUGGAAAUGGAGUUCACGCAAAUCGUAGAUUAUACCCACAAGAUUGUCACAUGCCUCACGAAGCUCAGAAAGAAGGUGAAGGGCGUGGAGAACAGCCAACGAGCAAGCGGUUCCUCGAACGAUUGGAGAGCAACAGCCGUAAAAGCGAAAGUCAAGCUUCCAAAAUUAGAACUUAUCAAGUUCAACGGCAACCGGAAGAAUUGGCAAGCAUUCUAUGGAUCAGCUGCCAUCCAGGGACUACAGCCAACCGCUCAAUGCUAUGCGGACGCGAUCGACCUUCUACAGCAGCGAUUCGCCAAGCAAGAGGCUCUGGUAUACGACCACAUGAAAAGUCUGAUGGACAUCCAGAAGGUACCACUACAGGGCAAUGCCCGAACCCUGCGUCGUUUGCACGACAGUCUUCAGGCGCACAUCUGGGGACUUAGAGCACUGGGUGUGGGCGAGGAAUCCUACUGCGCCAUGCUCUACCCUCUCCUACUGCGAGCACUACCGAAGAACAUGUCCCUGGACUACAACCGGAAGAUGUCGUUGGAGGACACCAAGAACGCCACUGCAGUGACGGGCACCAGUCCCGAGUCUCCAACAGAGAAUGUUCAUCUAAGAGCUCUACGGACUCUACUCAAAUUUAUUUGA